CUGAGAUCAGUACAGUAUGAGUGACGACAACACGACAGGCAGAGAUGAAGCGCUGCAACAACAACAACAGCGGACAUGGGGACAGGUGGCAUUGAAUGAACGGCUCGUGGAGGCAGUGCAGCAGCGCGCCGCUGUCGCCACGAUCAACCACUUGUUGGAUGAGGGCGCCGAGAUCAACUGCCACGAGUUUCUCCUAAAGCCUCCGCUCCACGUCGCCAUGGAAGCGUCCUUGUCCACGGCGACUAUGGGGGUGUUGCUGGAGCGAGGCGCUGACGUCAACGUGCGCGACAAGUACGGAAACACGCCCCUGCACGUCGCGGCACAGCUCGACGACGUGCCCAAGACUAACACCCUCAUCACAGCAAGUACCCCAGCACAACAAAAACAACGGCAUGUGCCGACAAUGAGGCAACUGGACGUUAACGCCAUCAACGACAACAAGGAGACGCCGCUACAUAUUGCCGCCACCCACGGCAGCACCCAACUCAUGCAGACACUGCUGUCGUUAGGUGCGAGUGUGGAUAUGCAAGACAUUAACGGCGCAACACCGCUACACAGGGCCGCAGAGGCUAACUUCAAGGAUUGCGUGGAGUUGCUGGUUCAGGCGGGCGCUGAUGUGAAUGCACAAACACAUUAUGGAAACACGCCUCUCCAGCGGGCGGCGUGGCACGGGCAUGCGGAGGUGUGCCGUGCCCUCCUCGACCUGGGAGCAGAUACCACCAUCAAGAACAGCUCCGGCAAGACAGCGCACGACUUGGCCGUGCAAGCCAAGUUCCCAGAAGUCGUCGCCUUGUUGGCUGCGCCAUCAUGAUGAUGAUGACAUGCACACGUCAAGCAACAGUGCACUCAGUUUUGCAUGUGUUUUGGUUCGUUCCAUAUUGCUUGCUGUCCUCCGUCGAUUAUUUGUCGUAUUUUAAAAUAACAUUCGUCAACUGCCUGCCGCCACAACACAAACUCACACCAGCCAGCCAAGUUGAUACAUAGUUGAACGGACCAACAUCAUCAACCCA